AAGAUAGCACAGGCGUUAAAGAGGCACUUGAUCAGCUGAGUGAAGUUGGGUGGGCCAAAAAAUGGAGUUCUCAGCCAUAUGUGUCACGUCGUAUGGUCAGUCUCCAUUACAAACAUCUCUCCGGGAGCUGACAACUCUCGGAAUUAAAAACGCGGAAAAUCUAGCAAUCCCCAGUGUCAGAAAUGAUGCGGCUUUUCUGUUCACAGUGGUUGGGACAACUGGAUUCUUAGGUGUUCUUGCUGGCCAACUUCCUGGGGAUUGGGGCUUCUUUGUGCCAUACUUGAUAGGGAGCAUCUCUCUAAUUGUCUUGGCUGUGGGCAGCGUUUCUCCAGGGCUUCUUCAAGCCGCCAUCGAUGGAUUCUCAUCUUUCUUUCCGGAUUAUCAGGAGAGGAUUGCUAGACAUGAAGCAGCUCAUUUUUUAGUUGCUUACUUGCUGGGCCUACCAAUUCUGGGGUAUUCUCUGGAUAUUGGAAAAGAGCAUGUUAAUCUCAUUGAUGAAAGGCUUGAAAAGCUGAUAUACAGUGGGCAGCUUGAUACCAAGGAACUAGACAGGUUGGCAGUGGUGGCAAUGGCUGGACUU